GAGCGGGAGCAUGGAGGCUGGGACGGCCGGCGGAGCCGCAGGUAAGGGGAGCCGCGGCCAGCCGGGCCCGGAGCCCGCCCGCCUCCCUCGCCGCUCCGCAGCCCCUCCCAGCGUGUCGGGUUUCAAUGGCUGGGCCGGCCGGAUAGCUCCGAGCCCCAGAGCUGCAAAACGAGAUGCAGGCAUUUACCCAGUGGAUAUUUUGGAAGAUGACCCUGAAGGGCAUUGGAGGGCAGCCCUGGCUUACUAUGCCAGGCUCAGGGAAGGAGCACAGCCCUCCACAGAGGUUUUCUAUCUGCCCACUGGGGAGCAGGUUAACCUUGAAGCUUCGUCUGUGUGCUUUUGUACCAUGCACCGUGAUGCACCUCAACACCAAAUACUGGUCCUGAUUAAUCCUCAGGACACAAAGACAGUCGUGGCUGUUUACAUAAAGGAGUCCUGGUGGUCCCCCGAAGAUGUACUGAGAACCUCGGAUCCUGCACGAGAAGGUCUGAUGAAGGAGGAGGCUAAGAUUCUGUGGCGAGAUGGAGCGGCCGUUGGAUUUUACACAACCAAAAUGAAAGGCAGCCUGUGUGGCGAUGGCACAGGUGUGUGCUACCUGCUGCCCGUCCUCGACACCGUGUUUGUCAGGAGGAGACACCGUCGCCAAGGCCUGGGCGUCGCCAUGCUGGGGGACUUCUGUGAGACGUUCCCAGAGGACGAGACCCUGGGGGUCAGCUGGCCGAUUUCUCCCGCCAUGUACCAAGUCUGUAGGAAGUUCCUGCUGACCCACCCGGAGGAGCGGAUGCGCCUGUGGGAGGUGGAGCCCCCAGGAGCCUGGGGCCAGCGAGACAGCAUCUGGCUGAAGGUUCAACUUCAACAGUCAAGGCUCCCAGACCUUCCCCCAGGAAAGUCCAAGGAAGACGUGAGCAGUCCCGGGUCGACUUCUCGAGAUGAUGGACUCAGACAGGCCGAUAAUGGAGAAAGCAACAAGGAGAGGACCAGUGGAGAAGAACUGGACAAGACAAAGGAUGACCAAGCCUGUCGAGUGGAAGACGCCUGUGGGGCUGAGCUGGACGGGAAGGAUGCCAAGAGGACAGCGGUGGCCGCGGGGCUGGCCGGGCAGUCCUGGCAGAAGCACAAGCGGCCCAGUUCCUAACUCCCAGCGUAUGUGGGUUGGAGAGCUGCUUGUCACUUCCUGCUUGUGUGACCUUGAGCUGCCAUCUGUCCCUGCUCUCUUCCUUUGUAACCUUUGAGGAGAAAAGGACCAUCCAGACCCGUCUGCCUCAGGCUUAUGUGGGCUCAGCACAGAGUCCGAGAAAGUGCUUCCUUACACCCCAAGUGCUAUGUAGGUUCAAGUAACUGCUCCCCCGGCUCAGAUUCCAGGAACGCAUUCCUUAAACAUAAUAUGGUUUCCAUGAAUUGGGAUGAAUUUAUAAAGACCGCACUGGAACCAUACGAAUGUGCCUUUUUCUUUACACAGGGAAGCUCAAAGGGCCACCCCACUGCGGUCCACACAGCAGAAAGCCUUUGGAGGUUUGCUCUGCCGACCUGACUGUACCCCUGAGACCAGACACCAGAGGGGCCUCUAGGAGACGCUUACCUUCCCAGAAACUGCCUGAGGGCGGGGGCCAGGGCUGACUGGGGCAUACCAUAGGCCUCUCGUUCAUAUCGGGCCUGGUAUACAGGAGGCGCUCAGAGUGGGCUCCAGGCGGGUGACAUCAUCUCAGCCAUCCUCGGAGGGGAAGCCACCAGAGGGGAAUUUGGGCUGAUGGCCCUUGAGCUUAUUGGUGCCUUGAGUGUGACGGCUGUGGUAGUAAAGGUGACUGUACAGAUCACAGCCUGUCCCUGGCUUCCCCUUUCUCAGAUACCCUACACAGCCCCGCUGGGGCACGUGCUCUGCCACCAUUGGGGAUUCAGUGCUAAGCCAGGCCCUGUUACUUAUUUAAUCAUCCAUGUGUCUGUCCAUUCAUUCAUGCAUCUAUCUGUGCAUCCAUCCACCUGUCCUCCACCUGUCCAUCUGCCCCUCCAUCCCUCCCCU